UACUCUACUCCGUCCUGCCAGUGGCUCGGUCCCAAGUCUGCCAUUCAGUCUGCCUACAUACGACUACCUGUCUACAACCAGUCUGCGCCUAUACGCCAAUACGUGGACGCGGGGGAGACGAGGAUGUGGUCUGUCCAGGUCAGAUCAGAACCCACGGCAUCAUCGAGAGCGUGGCUUGCUGCAUGCAUGCCCCGUAACCUUUUUCCACCACCACCACAGUACUUCUUCUCUUUCGCUUUCGCCGUUCAAGUUCUAACCCGUGAGAUUGGUCCAUCCAAUCGCGAGGCCGUUUGA